AUGGGGGGAAUAUUGCCCCCCAAGUCGUUGCAUCUCGUGGCGGUGGAUUUUGUUGCUGUUACCACCGGGUAUGAAUUUUUUCAAUUGAGAUAUGAUGCUAGAGGUCGACGAGGGUUUACAACGUUGCAGAAAUGUGCGGCGGCUAUUCGUUUGAUGGUCAUGGGGGAGUCACCCGACACCAUGGAUGACUAUAUAAGAAUGUCCGAAAGAAUCACAAGGGAGAGUUUGUAUACAUUGUCAAGGGGUGUUGUUGAAACAUUUGGGGACGUGUAUUUGCAGAAACCUUCAUUGCAUGAUUUGCAAGAAUUGGCUGUGGGUUCCAAGAACGACGUCAGUGUUCUUGAUCAGUCGCUAAUAUUUGACGAUCUUUUGAAUGGAAAGACCCCGGAUGCUCCUUUCACGGUGAAUGGAAAUGAUUACAAAUAUGGGUAUUACCUUACAGAUGGAAUAUAUCCUCAGUAUUCCACAUUCGUGAAGGCAUUCCGCCACCCGGUUGAAGAACGAGACAAUUUUUUUAAGAGAAGACAAGAAGGAGCACGUAAGGAUAUCGAACGUGCUUUUGGAGCGCUGAAGGCGAAGUGGCAUAUAGUUGAACAUGCAGCCCGACUAUUUGAUUUAGAAACUCUACGAUAUAUCAUGUAUGCAUGUAUCAUAAUGCAUAACAUGGUAGUAGAAGAUAAAGGGCGAAGUAUUGCACACUAUAUCCCAACGGAGCCAAGACAUGUUCAGUUUCAACCAGGAACAACAGAGUAUUUGUAUCGAGUUGUUGACAUUCAGGACGCAAGUAAACACAUACAACUUCGAGAGGACUUGAUGGAUUAUAUAUUCUAUGGUACCAAUAACGAUAACGAAUAG